ACAGAAACAGUACAUAUGAGCAAGACUAGACCAGACCGUGCGGGGGACAGGACGGCCUCUAGCGGCGGUGUGACGCAACACUCCGGGGACGAGGCCGGACACAGCCACACAGAUCGCAAAAUGCUGUCCUAUCUUAGCAGAUCGGCCCACCUGGCGCCGGCUCUCAAGUCCACUGCUCAAGCUGUGGCGAAUGGCUCCAAGAACAUCAUCCCGGGUGUGUAUGAGGGCGUGGUCGUGGAAUUAGUGCAGCCGUCGCCCAAAGCCCUGACUGCCUACACCAUGGCCAAGCGCUGCGCCACAGGGCCAGUAAGAGCUUCAGCCGGUAUUGCAGCAACCUCCCAGGUGCGUUAUGCCCACACUGACAUCCAGGUACCAGACUUCAGUGAUUACCGACGAGAUGAUGUCAAGGAUUCUCGAGCCAAGUCUGUAGAGUCUGCCUCCUCCAGACGCUCUUUCACCUACAUGGUGGUUGGAGGUGGCGUAGUGACUGGUCUGUAUACAGCCAAAUCCAUAGUGACCCAGUUUGUGUCAUCAAUGUCAGCCAGUGCUGAUGUGCUUGCCUUGGCCAAGAUUGAAAUUAAGCUUGGUGACAUUCCUGAAGGAAAAUCUAUCACUUUCAAGUGGAGAGGAAAGCCACUCUUUGUCAAACAUAGGACUGAUGAGGAAAUUGAGACAGAGCUGAAUGUGGAUAUUGGUUCCUUGAGGGACCCUGAGGCAGACAGUGCACGCUGCGAGAACCCGAAGUGGCUGGUGGUGGUGGGUGUGUGCACCCAUUUGGGUUGUGUACCCAUUGCUGAUGCAGGUGACUUCGGAGGUUACUACUGCCCCUGCCAUGGCUCCCACUACGACUCCUCUGGCCGUAUUAGAAAGGGUCCUGCACCACUUAACCUGGAGGUGCCAGCGUACUCGUUCCCAGAGGAAGGAGUCCUACUAGUUGGCUAAGUUAUAAAAGUUUCAAUGCCAUGUGAGUGUAAGUUACAUUCUAAAAGUUCAUAGAAAGUUCAGAGCUAACCAUUUAGAAUAUUCCAAAAGCUUGACAUUGUACUGAGAAAUUGAAGAUCUUGAAAAUAUGUGUGAUUUCCGUUCUCCUAAACAGAAAGUAAAGUGGUAUAAUGUUUUACUGUUUUUGGUCUUGUAGAUAAUGUACAAAACAGAAACUUCCCUCCUUGGGUAUUUAUGUGUUAACCAAUGACAACUUGUAAAAUAAACAUGACUUAUUUUAAA